CGUUUUUGGAUAGUUCUUACAGGGACACGGCUUGAGUGGCAGCCGAAUCCUCACCGCCAAUGGGAGCUUUCGCUCCAGUGUGGGGAAGACGUCAGUCAAAAGCUGCUCCGAGCCUUACAUAUGUCAUGGACGUCCGCCGGGUGUGCCAAAGAUAGGUCACUGGCACUGCGCCAAGGUUUACAUCAUCAUCAACAUUGCAUUUGAUUCGUGCGUUGUUCACGCGUUGACCUAGCAUAGCAAGAAACACAGGAUCGCGUUGUUAAAGCGGUCUCACCGGCCACCGGUUUACGCAUCUGUUCGACUCGACCCUGAUGCACCUAAUUUCUGCCAUUCGCAUCAAUUGUACUCAUAGCCGCAAAUGGAGCUGUUCUCGGAUCCACGUUGUGUCCGAAAAUGAUGCAACCACCAACACCACACUGGUUUAACAUGGGUAUAAAGCUGUUGUUCAAGUUCAUCACGAGCCCAUCUGUUCAGCGCCCACAUAUUUGCAUAUCAUGGAAACACUCUCCAUCCAGUUGUUGCCAGCGUAUACACCAUCUACCCCUGCACCUGACUAUUCUCCUAAACUACUUCCUGGUGAAAAGUGCAUACAAAAGUCACCUCGUUUGACCCAACCGCGUGGAGACAAUGCGUCAUUUACUUACCGGGAAAGAGGGAUGACCCUCACACUGAAGGACUGUCGUGAAGAGGAACGCCAUCCAUCAUAUGGUCUGGGGAGUACUAUCCGAGGAGAAGUUGCACUUGACCAUCGCCAGAGAGUUGUAGCUGUUGCAGCAAAGCUUGAAGGCCGUAUUUACCUUCCAGGUCAAUCAUCCAAAGCAGUCACCAUUGUUUCAAAAGAGCGGACACUAUGGGAGAGUUCCGCCCUUAAUGGACAAACUUGCCCUAGCAUCAUGCCAUUAUCAAUGACUUUUCCAACUUCCUACCGAGAACGUGGCCAGGAUCGUCCUAUCCGUUUGCCGCCAUCUUUUGAAUUAUCAAAACCGCAACGUGUGGCUAUAGUUUACACACUGCAAAUCAUUGUAACAAAGUCGAGAAACGUCCCAAUGAUUGGCAAAAAGCUUUCGAGGGAGUCACACAUGAAGAUUCACGUCAGGUAUCGCCCCCGAGUACGGCCAUCACGGCCAGUCCCGGAUUGCUUCAGCGAGCUGAAACAAUGUCCUGAGGAUUGGAUGGAGGACGUUUGGAUCACGAAGCCAACUGUUGAUACAGGAAACGAAGCAUUCUUGGCACGCUGUCAUUUCUUCUUCCCUUCCGUCCGUGUAUUCACUGCCUCGGAAAAGAUACCUUUCCAUCUGCGACUGGAGACUUCGCCACUCUUCUUGCACAGUCUUGCGAAGCUCCUUCCUCAACAAGAUCCCUCGGCAAUAGAGGAAGUCUUGCACGUUUACAUACUGCGGCAAACUACCGUCAACGUUCAAGGCACGUCAUUCAGUCAUGAAGAUGUUCUUGGCCGCGGACGGAUGAUGCUGCAAUCAUCAUCCACCUCCAAAGCCGUAAUAUCAGAAUCAGAAGAGCCUGUGACAUGGAGUUGGAAUGGCAACCUUCGGUGUGAAGUCCCCGUCUUGAACACUGGUUUCACCACAGGCCAGAUUACCACCACAGACUACAUUGUGCUGUCUUUGCUACUCCCCCCUGGGCCACUGAGACCCGACCUUUCAUUUCAACGCGUUCUUCCUAUACGACUUGCUACAGAACCAUGGAUCGAUCGCUCAUGAACGCUUUUUCUUUCGCAUCGCACUGUAUUCCGACUACUGCACUGUAUAUUUAUCCACAACCAUCAAACAACCAUAUCAUGUUAUAUCCUUAUUGAUCUUUAUAUCUACUACUUCGUGUUAUAUUGCUAACUUAUAUUGUUUUUCUAAGGUUGCAACUUGGCACCUACCAGAUAUCCAUACUCUUGCUGUACAUAUGCGGCCUUUAUAUCUUAUCAUAACAAAGUAACUCUGCUGAGUGUAUGCCAAUCAAUUAAUUACC